GCAUCAAAAAUUCAGUGUCGAGGGCAUUUUGCUGUUGGAGAAGCAAAUACAAACAUCAGACAGAGGAAAGAAGAAUUCAUUUGAGAAAAGCAAAAUACACACAGCUCUGUCCAUUUCCAGCAGAUCUUAAGGGAUGAGCGUGUGUACUGCUAAAUGGAUUGUGUUUGGAUUACUAGCUACAUAGAACUACAGAGAGCGAGCGAGCGAGACCAUUGAGGCUAUUUGCCUGCAUUGUCGCACUCCUAGGAUUUAGCUUGCAGGGGGGAGCGGACCUGAUAAAGCUCAUGGAGAACAUAUUUUUAGUUUUUAAGAAGGCAAGCCCUAAUGGGAAGCUUACUGUGUACCUUGGCAAGAGGGACUUUGUCGAUCACAUUGAUGUUGUGGAUCCUGUAGAUGGCGUAGUUUUGGUCGACCCUGAAUAUUUGAAAGAACGGAAAGUGUUUGUGACCUUAACAUGUGCUUUUCGGUACGGCCGUGAGGAUCUCGAUGUGCUAGGCCUGACUUUCAGAAAAGACCUUUUUGUAGCCAACAUUCAGGCCUUUCCACCGGUUCCAGAAGAACAGAAACCUUUAACACGGCUACAAGAGCGUCUGAUUAAAAAGCUUGGUGAGCACGCCUACCCGUUCACCUUUGAGAUACCUCCAAACCUGCCUUGCUCAGUGACUCUUCAGCCCGGACCAGAAGACACAGGGAAAGCCUGCGGAGUGGACUAUGAAGUCAAAGCAUUUUGUGCAGAAAAUCUAGAAGAAAAAAUUCAUAAAAGGAAUUCAGUGCGGUUAGUAAUUAGAAAAGUUCAAUAUGCACCAGAGAGACCAGGACCACAGCCAAUGGCGGAGACCACGCGACAGUUCCUCAUGUCUGAUAAACCGUUACACCUGGAAGCCUCCCUAGAUAAAGAGAUCUACUAUCACGGAGAACCAAUUAAUGUGAAUGUGCAUGUAACAAACAACACAAACAAAACUGUGAAAAAGAUUAAAAUUUCAGUUCGCCAGUACGCUGACAUUUGCCUCUUCAACACAGCUCAGUACAAGUGUCCAGUGGCAGUGGAAGAAGCAGAUAAUGAUGUAGUUGCUCCAAGUUCGACAUUUUGCAAGGUUUACACACUGACUCCAUUUCUUGCCAACAACCGAGAAAAGAGAGGCCUGGCCUUGGAUGGAAAACUGAAGCAUGAGGACACAAACCUGGCUUCCAGUACACUUUUAAGAGAUGGAGCAAACAAGGAAAUUCUGGGGAUCAUCGUGUCAUAUAAAGUGAAAGUAAAGCUGGUGGUGUCUCGUGGGGGCCUUCUGGGAGACCUUGCGUCAAGUGAUGUUGCUGUAGAACUUCCUUUCACUCUGAUGCAUCCAAAACCCAAGGAGGAACCCCUGCACAGAGAAGCUCCCGAGAAUGAGGCUCCUAUAGAUACAAAUCUCAUAGAGUUUGAUACAAAUGAUGAUGACAUUGUUUUUGAAGACUUUGCGCGUCAGAGACUGCAAGGAAUGAAAGAUGAUAAAGAAGAAGAUGACGAAGGAACAAACUCUCCUCCAAUGAAUGACAGAUAAAGUGGGAUUUGUUUUGCCUAUCGCUGUGUAAAACGUGUGCUUUAGGCACCUUUGCUUUAACUGUAAAGGGCCUAACGGUACCCCUUCCCGGCAGUCAUUAUAACCUAACUGCGGUGCCAUCGUGCUCCCUAUCUUCAGUUCCAGCUACACUAUCUUAAACAAAGAGUGACAUCAUGCUCUGUUCAUCCAAUCAUGUAAGGAGUUCUCAUAUCACUUUUGUAUUACUAGAGUCUUUUAAGCAUUUUGUAUAAUUAUGGUAGUGAAUUACAAGUAUUUGUUACAGAAAUGCAAGCAGCCAAAUCAAAGAAAAAACUAACUAAUAAAACAAAAACAAACAAAAAAAAACAAUCAAAAGAGGUUUCUGAAAUCACAUGGAAAUUUUGUAAACAAAAUAAAAAGGUCUUUGCUAUAGAAUAACAUGCCGCUAAAUGCUUGGAAAGGAGCCGUGUCUGCUCUUUAUUAAUUAAACAGAAAUUAGGAUAGUAGUGAGCUUUAAUUGCACCAUAGGGGAGAUGUUAAAAUGUGGUAUACUACCCCACCAAAACAAAAUUGCAUCUGCACCAUAAAAACAAAAUAAUAAGAGUAAACAAAAAAAUGCAUUGCUUAUUUAUGACUUUUGUAAGGAAAAAUGCAUUAAUAAGCCACAAAAGGGGACAUUUUUUUCAUUUUUUUUUUUUCAACUCACUUUGUAGUUUUAACAUUCUUCACCUUUGAACUUAUGGAAUCAAAUUGACUGGUGGAAAAGGUGACAAACAUGUGUGAUUGUUCCUUUUUUCAGAUUUGUAAAACAUAUUGGUAUUUAAUAAUACACAGUAUCUAAUACAAAGGAAGAAAUACAACUGAAUAUUUAACCCCUUAUGAUUAAAAAUGAUAAAAAUGAAUUUGCCCAUGCAGCAAUUUAAAUGAAUGUUUCAUAGAAAUAAUCUUAAUCGGCAGAUAUCUCCCAUUUUCUUUGCAACAAAUAAAUUGAUAAAUACUGGGUUGGUCAGUGAAGGGGUUAACAUGUUCCCAUGUGUUUGACAUGAUGACAUCAAUAUAGCUCAAUGGUUUGCUGUUGUAGUAGGUUUUAUUAUUAAUUUUACAACGCUGUAAAAAAAGGAACAAAGGUUUAGCUGCAAUGGUGGCUUACGUUGGCAACCAUUUAUUGCUAAUUUUAUCACCCAUUAUUAUAUAUAAACUGAAAUCGACCAUUUUCCAGUUCUGUGUUGAAUUUAGAUAAAAUUCCCAAAUAUUGUUAAUAUUGGUUUCAUAAAAUUAAACUGAAUCUCGAAUGGUAAAACAUUGCUGAAUAAUCUUCUGGCGAAUGCUAACUUAUCCUACAAACAUUAUCUCUUUCAUUGUCUGUUUUUGUUUUUUGGGGGGUUUUUUUUGUACUUGGAUAAUGUGCUGUAACAAUGUAAUUUCAUCCUGACAGAUUAAGUGUUUAAAGAAAUGAGGUUUGCGCAGAUUAUGUAAAAACCUACUUUAGGAUGAACCAUGGCAUAACUCCACGGAGGUCCAAGAUCUAUGAUGACACUCAUGGAUUAGAGUGGCUGUAUUUUACCUCUAUGAUAGAAUAAAAAAUAUGGAGAGUGUAGCUUUAUGGUAGAAUGAGACCAAAUUCUUUGGUAGAAUGUACAGAUUAGGGAGGUCACCAAGUAAUAUUGAAAGCAUUUUCAUGUACAGGUAGCAGGGUUAAUGCAUCGACCUUACCUAAUCAUUAUGCCACCCUUUCUAAAAGCAUAACAUCAUGUAUUAUUUUUCGGAUGUCGGAAAAACACACUGCAAUUGGAAUAUAUUACUGAUAUGUGAGCACUGUUUUUUUAAUCUGAUCAAUACAUUUGUGCAAGGCGAUACAGGGUGAAGGUACGUUGUGUCUUAAGAAUAACACUAUUUUGUGGACAUCCAUUCCUUUCCCAUUAUUGGUAAUCAGACCAGUGCUUAAUAAAUUAAUGUCAUUAACUUGGUAAUUAUCAUCAUAUAUUUUCAGUAACAUUUAUCAUUCUUAAAAUUCUUGUAAAUUUCUGAACUGCUAUGUACAUAUUUAACUCUGCAGAACAUUUAUAAACAUCGACAUGUUUUUAAAGUAAAUGUACAAGAUGUGAAUUGAACUCGUGAGAAUCAUUCCAUAUUACAUAUAUUGCUAAAUUUACAUUGUUAUUGCCAUCAUUUAUCUUAAUUUGUUUAUUGUAAGAGCAGGGUACACGUCACUUCUAAAUAGACCAUCAAUCACAACGAAGUGAAUAUGCCCAGAGUAGCUGAAACUAUUGUUGGCUGAGGCGAGAAGAAGAGAAGUUUUAGUAGGAAAAUACUAAAAGACAAAAAAAUGUCCUCCCAAAAUACUGUUUAGUAUUAUAAUGAUUAUUUUAAAUGUAUGAAAAAAAUUGGGAGAAAUAAUAAAAAAAAUGCAAUGCAAUGAUCUUGCCACUCAAAAUGACAGAGUGAUUGUACCAAUAGCCCACAUGCAAAUUGCUUGAACAGACAGUUUGGCAAAGUGGCAGGGAAAACCAGCAGAGGGAUUAGUUGUAGGAAAAGGAGGUACCAAAGCCACUUCAUAAAAAGACUUUGCCGAGGAUACUUUGCCCAAUACGUUAGACCUAACAUUCAAAAAGACAUAAAUAAUGAUAUAACUGCUAGAUUGAUGUAAGCUUAAAGAGUUACUCCAACCACCUAUGACCACUUCUGAUUUUAGAAUUGGUCAUGGUGGUAGGAUUCUGUUCGUGCAGUGUCUCUGCUUAAAAUGCAGCACAUACUGAGAUAUGAGCACUUUUGUGCCAGGAUCUAGUUACAACCCCAGCACUCAUGCCUUAGGCAAGCUUAGAUGUCUGUUCCAGGCUGGCUAAGAGCAAUUCUGUGCAUAAUUUAUGUGUCUCAUCAGCAAGUACAGAGAUUCUCCCGGGCUGCUUCCCUGCAAGAGGAAACGUGGUCUUACCUCUCUUCCUCCAAGCGUUCCCUCACACCUCCCUGCGUUGCCUGUUCUUUGUUUAUUUUUUUAAAUCCUCUCCCCUGUCCACCCUUGCUCUCUCUCCACUCCACACAUAUAGAACAUUGGUUCUAUCAAAGGUUUCUCAAUUAAAAGCAUUUGAUUGGACCACAAUCAUGCACCAGUGAUGUGAGACGGGGUGUGGAUUCCAGGGAAUUUUAACUCUUUCGUUUCAGGUUUAUAAGGGGAGACAAAGUAAAUAAUGCCUAUUAAGGCAUUAUAAACUAGAAAAUAGUAGGGCAAGAAAAGGUUUAGAGUAACACUUGAAUAAGCUGCAUCGAGAGUCUGGAUGCCCUAGGUCUGUGUAUCUCAGAUAGGAGUGAAAUGACAGGAACUUAUUAAUAUCUCAAGUAAUUUAGCAAAGAACAAAAAACAUUUCUGGACAUUGAAUGAAAGGAAGUUCAGAGAUCAGUUUACACUUCCAGGUGUCCAAGCUAACUCUCUAAAACAAUACCAUGGGCUUAAAUAAUUUACAUGGCAUGCCCUGGCUAUGCCAGGAUGGAAAGGUUUAAAACAAAUCCCUUUAAAAUAAAAAAACUAAAUGGAGCAACUCAGAACUGGCAUUUAGUCAGCUGCAGGAUUGUGCCAAACCCUCCCAUGUGAUAAUUUCUGUUUAGGCGUUAUAUUUUCCUUGCUGCUUGGAUGGAGCAUAUCUGGCGUGUACAUCUUGCUGUGGAGCACCUGUUAACAUGUCAUAUAAAUAAUAACUUUAUGCAUCUGUUGUGCUCAGCCACCAGAUUGAAAUGCCUCCGCAAUUUUUUACCAUGCACCAUUUAAUUGGAAUAAUUUAUUUUGAGAUUACAAUUACCAUCAGUCACAUUAUCUCUUACUGUAAAAUACAUUUUCUUCACAUAUAAUACUUUUCAGCCAUGUCAGAAUACACAGAGAUCUUACAGAGUAUUUUUCUAUAAGGGAGAAUUUUUACAUUGGUCAAUCUCAUUUGUGCAAGGGUCUGUACACUAUACAAAGAGAUAUGGCGUAAUAUUGGCCAAUUAUUAUCUGUUAAUCCACAUCGAAUGGAGGACGGUAGAGGACAAAAUGAACAGACGUAUUGCUGAGUGCUUUCUGCCUAGACAGUGCACAUUUUAGAAAAUGUCCUAAUUUUAUUUUCCUGAAAAUCUGUCUAUGGUAGGGUUAUCUCUGCCCACUUGGCUGUUUAGGACAGAAAAUAAAUUUUAAAUAGUAUAUUCCCUCUCUGAGUCUCCGGUCUUGCAACACGCGUAAAUGGCUAAAGGCAAACUUCAAACAGAAGAGAGGGGAAAAAAUGAUCCUGCCCUGGAUAUAUCCAGGAAAAUAUAAUUACAGUAAGUAUGAAGACAUUUUCUAAAUUCCUGGCUAAUCCAUGGCAGCAUCACAAUAGAGUAGUAACCAUGCUAAAGUAAGUGGAGGUCAAUAAAUAAAUAAACAAUACAAUUUACAAUGCUAAACAGAACGUCUAUUUUUCUGAAAUGAAAAUUGUAUGAAACUGAAGACAGAAUAUUUCUGCCAAAUUCGAUGGAUUUCCGAGCUUGUAUAUCCAAGGCAUAAUGUCCGGCUUCAUUUUCUAAAUGGAGGAAAGACGUAUGCUAGACUGAAUGACCAGUUGGACAGGGCAUUUAUGGGCAGAGCGUUGGGAUGGAAGGUUCAGGAGAAGAUUGUUGGAAGUUGAGAAUUUGAUGCAGUUGCCAUUAGAUCCAUUUCUAGGAUGCAGCAAUGUUAUGUUAGAUGAAAGAAGAUCCGGGGAUUUCACUGCCAUUUGUUCUGUAAUGGUGACUGAGAAAAUCUGCUUUGGAGUUCUCUUCUCCUGGAACAUAAACAGCUACAAGUCUCAGUACCAUCUUCUGAGCUCAUUUAAUAAUGGGUGGUAGUUCUCGAGGAAGGACUUUGCUGUGGUUACGUCUUUGCUUAUUUAUAUAAGAUACCACUGUUUCAUUGUCCAUUCUGAUCUACACCGAUUUCCCCAUCAAAAAUUCUUGGCAAUGUAUAAGUGCUAGGUAAGCUGCUCUGAGUUCUAGCAGAUUGACCAGGAUAUGAGAGCUUCUCUGUUUUCAUUCCCCUUGGGCAUUCUUAUAACUAUAUAUCCACUGUUAGUGUAUACUUUGCUAUAUAGAGUGUUUGUUUUCCCUUGGGCAUUCAUAUGCAGUAGAUGGGCUCCCCAUCCUAGGCCACUGCCAUCAGUAGUAAGAGUUAUCCAGUCUAUUUCUCCCAGGGAAAAAAAACCUCUGCGAAUAUUUGAAGGUACAUGUCAGCAUCUCAACUCCAUUCAAACUCUUUUUGAAAUUUGUAUUUCAUAUGACCAAGCAUCUCGGUUCUGGUUGAAGUUUUAUGGGAAAUGUAUCUGGGAUGGCCGAAGAUACCACUGGGCCCACCUUACUAGACCAAUCAUUGAGGAAAAAUUGCCCACCAUGCGAAUCUCAAAAUCUUUAAUUGAUUUCUGCGAUUGGGAUUUGAAAGUAGGCGUCCCUCAGACAUAUAGAGAUCAUCCAGUCUUUGGAUAUUGGGAGAAAGAUUCAGCUUGUGAAGGUCUAGUAUUAGACGUCAGUCUCCUGAAGAUUUUGGAAGUAGGAAAAGUAUGGACUAUAUCGCUUUGAAUCUUUCUGUUAAUGGGAAACGGAAAGAUACAAUAUUACCUGAUAUUACUUUUUUUUGAAGGAGUUUUGAGAUGUCUCUUGUAAGAGGAAUCUUUAGAGUAUGUGAGACCAUGAAGUAAUUGUGAGAAGGAAACUCUAGAAAUGCUAAUCAAUAUCCUUUCCUGAGAGUGGAAACUACCCAAGGAUCUAAAUUUGCUUGAAACCAGAUUUUCCAGAAGUGAUGGAGACAAGCUCCUACCUCUGCAAUUUGGGGACUCACAACGUCAGAAAGGUCUAUUUGAUGAUCUUGGUGCAGUUGAUUGCUUAUUUCUAUUGCCUCUUGAUGACUGUCCUCCUUUCCAGACAGAUGUUCUUGAAAAUUUUCAUCUAUCUUGAAAAUAUCUGCUAUCUUGCCAGCUUUGGGAACAGUUCUUGUCCUUAAGGAACCAGGGAAGGAACACUUUCUUACCCUCUGCCUCAUGUUUAACUUUACUUAUUGAAAGAAUGAUCUAAUAACAUUUAUUUCAAUAAUACUUUACUAAAAAAUUUAAUCAAUAACUUACCUUAACUAACACUCCGACAAAUAGUUGAGCGAACAGAGCCAAAAGAAGUAUUCAGAACAGCUUUAUGUCAAUGCUGAGGAGAAUGAGCUGCCAAAACCUGUAUAAAUAAGCUUACCUGAAUUUCUAGGCCUUUCAAGGCUUUUCUGGUUAAAUUCACAUUAAUGUGCAUGCUCCAGGGAUAAAAAUGCACCAUUUUGCAUUUGGACUCUAUUUAGAUGAAAUUCACACUUUUGGGAAAGCAAAAUAAUUGCCGGACGACUAUUUAUUCAAAAGUUAAUCUCAUUCGCAUUACAUUUGGAAGUGCGAAUUUUCAAUUUUCAUUCAGACAAUCAAAUUUGUGGUAGAGGAUACAGAUUUUGUCAAAAAGAAACCAGAAGAACUAAACAGAUGCCAUUCGGGAUGGUGGUUUGGCGUUAACAGCUGUUACGCAAGAAUAUAGGAUGUCAAAACAGGAGAACCUAGUUGAAUUAGACAAGUAUUGAAAUAAUAAAAUAAAACGUUAAGGAGGUCGUCAAAGGAAUAAUGUAUGAUCCUUAUAUACACCGUUGCCCAUAGGAUCACUGUGGAUUUUACAGGGUUUCUGUAGCUAAGGAUACCCUUUACCCCAUGGACUGAUCCUAAAUGGGGCCACGUACUGGAUGUUUCCAAGAGAGAGAGGCUGAACUGAAAAUUAGAUGCUAAAAGAAAAUUUGCCUAGGUAAGCUAAACUAAAAAAUUGGUUAAGAUAAAUUAAUUUACCUAAUUCCAUGUCCACAGCCAAGAGGACAGGAAAAAAGACUAUAGACUCGGACAGGGGAUGUCCUAUUUAUAAUGUAUUUCCUGUCCUAAAUAGUAAAGUGGGUAGAGAUAAUCCUAUUGUGAUUCUGCUAUGGAUUAGCCAGGAAAAUAACAUUGUAUAAAUAUUUAAUUGUUAUAAAUUCCUACUGUGAAAAAACCCAAUCCUUUAUCUGACAAUUUUUUUUUAAAGAAAAAAGGCAUUUAUAUAAACUUACACUGAAUUCUACACAAGCAUUGCUAAGAUAUUCAUUUCCAUUAUCUGCCCAUCUACCAUGCUAUGACACCACACUCAUGUACCAUAAUGCCCAUCCUAGACACACCUCCACCUCUUGACACUGGUUGCACAUUCCUGAAUCAUUAUACUUUAUACAACUCAACAUCUAAAUUCAGUUUUUACAAAUGGUUUAUUGAAUCAAGACAGGAAUUAUUGAUUUCAUUUAAAGGUGUCUAGUUAGCUAAGAUCUGAAUUUUAGAAUCAAGGAUCCAGUGUAUCAAACAGUCCAAUCCCCUCCUAGUACCGUCUUAGGCAGCUGGUAGAAUGUAGAAUGGUUCCGGUAAGAAUGCUGCAAACUUUCGUGCACACUAUGGUUGUGGUAUGAAAUAAGAAGAUACUGAAAAUUGUGUAGAUACUUUGUAUACAAUGGCCAGUUUACUUUAGUAACUAUACAUAACCUUUUGCUUUGUGUUCAUAUGAUUUCUAAUUUAAGACACAUAGUGGACUAUGAAUCUAGAAUUUUCAUAAAUACACGUGUAGAAAUAACUAGCAAACGCUCUGUUUCAUUUAUUUAUUGGUAUUAUUCCUGUGAAACACUCUUUGUAAAGUGAUUACUUUGUACGUUAAUUGAUAAAGCUUCUCGAUUCACACUGUAACGGUAACUGUCGUUUCGAUAUGUCAAACAAUUCAAAUGAUUAUAGUUUAUUAAACUUACUAAUCUAA